AAUGAGCUGAUAACACUAAAGCAGAGUCAUGAAAUAUUUUUCCGAUGAUAAUCUGUACAUUUUUAAAUAGAUCCAGAACCGUAUCAAGGACAAUAUUAAUCAAUCUUUUCAAUGCACAUGCAUGCAUAAUUGAUAGUAAUGAAAACGAUGACACGAUGAUAUUUUAAUUAACUAGGAACAGAAACUAUAAAACACAAUCAAUAUUUUCAUUAUCUUUUAAUUUUGUAUCUUCAAGUGUUGAUUCAACAAUGGCAGGUCAAUAUGACAAAAUAUCAUGGAAAGAAGUGCGAGACUUGUUUAGAACUUGGAGGGAAGAUGGUGAACGACGAAGUAAAGAUGUUGUGGAUCUAUGGGAAAAUAAAUUGAUGGCAAAAAUUGAUCAGCUAGGCAAUGAAAAGUACCUGGUUCUGGAACAAGUUUGUAUAGCAGCGUUGGAUUGUUGUAAUUUUUCAUUAGCCGAAUGUUGCAUUAAGAUGUUGAAGAGGCAGUUUCCUCAUAGCUUAAGGGUUCAUAAAUAUCAUGCUAUGCAUUUCGAAGCACUGGAAAUGUAUGAUGAAGCGUUGGAAGUGCUGGAAUCCAUUAUAAAAAAAGAUGAAACUAAUGCUGCACCAAGAAAAAGACGUAUAGCUAUAUUAAAAGCAAGAGGUAGAGUGCCAGAGGCCAUUAAGGAACUUACUGAAUAUUUGAAGAAAUUCAUGAGCGAUCAAGAAGCAUGGCACGAGCUAUGCGAUUUGUAUUUACAAGAACAAGAAUAUUCUAAAGCUGCGUUUUGUAUGGAAGAACUUAUACUGCAUAAUCCACACAGUCAUCUAAUUUACCAAAGAUAUGCGGAAAUAAAAUAUUCUCAGGGUGGAUUUGAUAACAUGGAAUUAGCUAAAGCCUAUUUUUGCCAAGCUGCCAAACUAAAUCCAAAUAAUAUUCGAGCUCUUUAUGGUCUACUACUGGCAACAAAUAAUAUUGCUACUUCGCCUAAAUGCCCUUCUUCAAAGAAGAAAGAUGCUAUAAAAUUAAGUGAGUGGGCAGCUAAUCAAAUUGAGAAGCAAUAUCAAUCAAAAGUUUCAGAUGAUCAAAUUAAAACAGUGGAAGGAUUACUAGGACAAUUGCAACUUGACGUUUAGAUAUGCAAAUUUAUAUGUAUGUAUAUGUUUAAAUAUUGUAACAUAUGUAAAUGUACCAUUCAUUCCUCACAAUUUAUAUACGAAUGCAAUUUAUUGUGAUUAAUUGACAAAUGUCUACAUAAUCAUCCCGUGACUGAUGGAGCAAACUAAAACAAAUGUAUUGAAACGUUUGCUAUGCAAAACAUAGUAUAACUAUAUCAGUUAAAUAAUUGAUAAAAACCAGUUGGAAAUAUACUAUUGUAGGAAGCAGUAUUAGAUAAUAAGACAGAAAACUUUAUAACUUUGUAACAGCUAUAAUUUAAUAGAAUCAUUAAUGAUCAGCUCAAGAUACCAAGACUUCUAUUAUUUUUUAUUCAGAUUCAUCUCGUCGUUAUCGAAUCUGUUACACAUUCCUGCACGUCUUGUAUGAUUCUCUACAUUGCAUACAUCAACGUAAAAGGCAACAAUUCAAAUAAGUUAUACUCUCAAAUACUGAAUUUGAAGAAAACAAUAAACGUUUAUUACACAUAAAAUUACAAAGUCA